AUGAAUGACACAACAGGCGCAAACAACCCAUUGGAAGAGAGACAGCUCAUGGGCCACCAGUUUAUGUGUUGUAUGGGGGACUGCAGCUAUGAGCUCGUUGGGGAUGGAAACCCACAUACGGAUUAUCUCCACAGGCAAAUGACCAGUACAGGAGAGUGUCGAGAUGGCCCAGGUGCUAAGGGCUGUGGAGUUGGAUUCUCCACGAGUCAUACAUUUGGGUACACUGUCUCGGCCGGAGCGAAUAUCGGAUGGUUCGCUCCUGGUUUCUCAGUGACAGAGUCAUGGACCGUGGGCGAGACCAAGACCUGUAGUGCAGAUAUCAAUGCAACGGUCUGUCUCUGGUACGAUAUGGCAUAUACCGCGUACACAGUACAAGUCGUCAAUAGGCGUCUGUAUAGCUCGGUGUGUUCUAACCAGCCCACAGGACCGCUCAUCAUGAAGGCGCCAAACGUCAACAAUGCCGGUGGUGGUCAUUGGUACUGUGCAUAUGGCGAUGAAUGCCGUGGGGAAGGUGAAGAAUACUGGUGUCUGACGGAAGAUUGCCCACCAAAGGGAAAGCCUAAACCUCAGGAUUAA